AUGCAUAUCCAAGACACCGCGCGGCAGGCGCUUUUAGCUGCAGCGCUCGUAGCGCCGUCGUUGACGUCCGCCUUCUACUUGCCUGGUGUUGCGCCAACCUCGUAUAAGCCCGACGACCAGGUGCCCCUGUUUGUCAACAAGAUCUCGCCUGUGGCUGCGAUGCAGGACUACCGACUACACUCUAUUGUCUCGUACGACUACUACCAUCCUGCUUUCCAGUUCUGCCAACCGCAUGGGGGCCCGAAAUAUGUAUCCGAGAGCUUGGGGAGCAUCUUGUUUGGUGACAGGAUCAUGACGUCGCCCUUUGACUUGCGCAUGCUCAGAAAUGAGACUUGCAAGCCUCUGUGCAAGGUUUCCAAUCCGCGAAAAAUGCGAGAAUUUAUCAACGACAGAAUUUAUCAGGGGUAUAGCUUGAAUUGGCUGGUAGAUGGCCUGCCGGCAGGCCAGAAGAUUCAAGAUGAACUCACCGGCACCACCUUCUACAGUCCCGGCUUUUCCAUCGGCGACUACCUAUUCACAGACAAUGAAAACGAUGAAGAGAAACUUGCCUUCAACAACCACUACGAAAUUUGGAUCGAGUAUCACGAGGUGAAUGGGGACCCAAAUCAACUCCGUGUGGUUGGCGUCGUCGUCCAACCGUCUUCCCUUGCUUAUGUCGGCGAGCCUGACUGCGCGGAGAACCACCCCAAGCUCGUCUUUGAAGAAGGCGACACGAACCAAGAUGUCUAUUUCAGUUACAGUGUGUAUUGGAAGAAGUCGGACACGGCCUGGGCAACUCGAUGGGACAAGUAUCUCCACGUGUUCGACCCCAAGAUUCACUGGUUCUGGCUCAUCGAUACCGCCGUAAUCGUUAUAAUACUGGUACUGACGGUCAUGUCAGUCCUGGCGCGCACACUGAAAAAGGAUAUUGCCCGCUAUAAUCGCCUCGAUGCCAUCAGCUUGGACGACCUCGGCGGAACUUCGGCAAUGGAGGAUGGCGUUCAAGAAGACUCUGGCUGGAAGUUGGUUCACGGCGAUGUUUUCCGGACCCCCUCCCACCCGCUCUUGUUGUCCAUUUUGCUGGGCAGCGGUGCGCAGCUUUUCGUUAUGACCGGCUGCACCAUUGCCUUUGCUCUUCUGGGCUUCCUGUCUCCUUCCAACCGUGGCUCCCUUGGUACCAUCAUGAUCAUCCUGUACACUCUCCUCGGAUUUGUCGGGGGUUAUACCUCGGCAAGAACCUACAAGGCAAUGCAGGGCGAGCAGUGGAAGCUGAACAUUGGCUUGACGCCAGUGCUCGUCCCUGGUAUUGUCUUUGCCGCCUUCUUCCUCUUGGAUCUUUUCCUCUGGGCCAAACAGUCCUCUGGCGCUGUGCCAUUCACCACCAUGCUUGUCAUUCUCGGGAUCUGGUUUGUCAUCUCGAUCCCUCUCUCCGUGGCUGGAUCCUGGCUGGGUUUUCGAAGCCCCCAGAUCCAGGCACCUGUUCGCGUCAACCAGAUUCCUCGUCAGAUCCCGCCAGUUACGACAUACCUACGGCCUAUUCCCAGCAUGCUGAUCGUCGGUUUACUCCCCUUUGGCGCCAUCUUUGUCGAGCUUUACUUUAUCAUGAGCUCCAUCUGGUUCAGCCGAAUCUACUACAUGUUUGGCUUCCUCUUCCUCUGCUACGGCCUUAUGGUAGUUGUUUGCGCCGCCGUCACUAUUCUUAUGACGUACUUCCUGCUCUGUGCCGAGAACUACCAUUGGCAGUGGCGAUCUUUCCUGGCUGCUGGCAUGAGCGGUGGUUACAUUUUUCUAAAUUGCCUGCUCUACCUCAUCACCAAAGUAAAGCUCAGCGGCCUGGCCGGUAUAGUCCUGUACAUAGGCUAUAGUGCUCUUAUUUCUUUCCUAUUCUUCAUUCUCGCUGGUCAGUUUUCUGCAUCUUGA